AUGGACGGCAGCUUGGGGUUGGUGAGCCGACUCUCAGAGUUAGUGAAUGAGAUUUCUGGGCUGUCCGAUUGUGGAAAUGUGUGCAACAAGAUGCAGGUCAACUUGGUGAGACGAAUUGAACUCUUGGGACCCAUGUUUGAGGAAUUGAAAGAUGUCAAUGAAGAGCUGAGCGAGGAAGCUGCUGGAGGGUUUGAGCUAUUGAGAAUUGCUCUGGAAUCAUGA